AAAUCAAAGUUUUCCGCGCGUAAAACGCUACCGGCGUUCGGCGGCGUACGUUACGCGGCGGCGUACGAUCGGUGGCGGCGUCGACCUCUGCCCUGUUUAUGAAACAUAUCGAAUUAACGUAUUCAUGGAAACCUGCCAAUUUAUUUGUGGCCAAAUUUUUACUGGCUAAAUAAUGUGCGGUUUAUUUAAUUAACUGUUUUCCCUAUAAAAAUGAAUAGUACUUAAAUUUCCAUCACACCAUAACUCAUGUAGCACACGAAAUUUGUAAUAACUACAAAGUAAAAAUGUUUCACCACCACUGCCUUGUCCUACUUUCCCUUCAAUUUCUUCUUCUCCACCAAGCCAAAACCGCCGAAGUUGAAAUUGACGCCACUGCCGCCGUAAAAUACCAAUCUUGCUGCGUAGCAGACCUUCGCGCCACGAUAGCAAACUUCUACAACAAAAUGACCGCCCUUUAUGGCGACCCAGCUUUCCCACCGCCACAAAAGCUAAAGAUCUUCCUUGAAGUUAGGGUGAACGAUACAGGAAUCGGGAUGAGUAGUUCGAAUGGUGGAACUGUCUUGAAAAUCCAUUGGGCUGGUGGCGAGGAUUACAUCAAUACUAUGGUGAAGAGCUGGCUUCUCUCUGCAUCUUUCGGGCCGAUUGCAAAAUUCAAAAACGACUUUACCGACAGAUGGCUGCGGGAUUGCUUCAUCAGUUACGCCUACAUUUAUCUCCGCGAUGGAUCAGAUUCAACCGAUAAGAAGCGACCCAAUACGUCCGAUCGAAAUAAGGACCCGAGAAGUGUCCCCGCCAAAGAAUGCGCGUACUGGAUGAACUAUGUCGUUACUAAAGUCGACGGGAAACCGGACGUGGGGCAGAAGGUUUUUAAAAUGGCGCGGGAUGGGAAUUAUACCGACCUGGUGUGGAUUGAUUUAACGGGGAAGGAUGUCAAACAACUUUGGGACGAAAUGAAAUAAUAAUGUGUCUAUAAAAAAAUAUUCAAAAAAUAUAUUUCUGAAAUCCAAAUAUUUUAUUCUUUAUGGGAAAAUUAUCGUAUUUAAAUAAUUUACUAA